UCCAAUUCCGUGUGCACGUCGCUCGCUUAUCCCGCCGCUCUCGUAACGACGACCGCGUCCCGACGUCCGGCGACAGACGACGACAACAAUAACACAACAGUAGCAGCAACCAUCGAUACCAAAAACAAACAGUUCAGUCCUCAUCUCGACAUCAUGGGUCGACGCACGCUUGCAAAUCACCCCAUUUGAAAUACGACUAAGACGACGUCAAAGAAGACCUCCCCGAAAACAUUUCGACUUUGGUCAUCUGGCUGUUGCCUACACUCCUCCUCCCCGAAGUGCUCUCUCCUCCGGCAGGAAAAUAUUUUCAUCCCCCACGGUUUAUAAAACCCUCGAUGAGGCUGUAUUGUGAUGAUGUGCAGUGUAAUGUGGCGAUUGUUGUGUAGGACCAUGACCCAUGGAUAUUUAUUACAGUUCUUCCUCUUGCUUCUUAACUUACUGCAGUGCGCGCACGGCUCCGGGUUCUUCGAGCUGCAGGUGCUGGAGAUGGCCAAUCCUUUGGGCGAACUCUCGAACGGCGAGUGCUGCUGGCGCGGACCCCAAUCGGGUCGUGUUCCAUGUAACACCUUCUUCAGACUGUGCCUGAAGGAGUACCAAAGCAACGUAACCAGUACAGGAUCCUGCUCCUUCGGGAACACCUCGAGCCCGGUCCUGGGCCGAGACUGCUUCUCCCUGGCCGAUCCAGAGCGCGGCAAGCUCGUUUUGCCCUUCACCUUCAGAUGGACGAGAUCUUUCACCCUCAUCUUGCAGGCCGUGGAUCACAGCAACUAUUCGCUACCAGUGACGAACAAAGUGAUCGAGGAGGCUACGUAUUCGGGGAUCAUAGAUCCCAGCGCAGAUUGGCACACGUUGAACCAUCGCGGUGCUCGGGCCAGACUCACCUACAGGGUGCGAGUACAAUGCGACUCGCACUACUACAAUACUACCUGUACGAAGUUCUGUAGACCUCGGGACGACCAAUUCGGCCACUACAGGUGCGAUGCGAACGGUGACAAAGAGUGCAUCUCUGGAUGGAAAGGAAGCGAAGCCAACUGUGAAACAGCCGUCUGCAAGUCCGGUUGUCAUCCAGUCCAUGGCAAGUGCGAUGUUCCAGGAGAAUGCAAGUGCAGACCAGGUUGGAGAGGCGAAUUCUGCGAUCAGUGCGAGCCCUAUCCCGGUUGCAAACAUGGCUAUUGCAAUGGGUCGUCGUGGGCUUGCAUUUGUGACACCAAUUGGGGUGGAAUCCUUUGCGAUCAGGAUUUGAACUACUGCGGGACUCACGAACCGUGCCUGAACGGAGGCACCUGCGAGAACACCGCCCCCGACAGGUAUAAUUGCACUUGCCCUGACGGAUUUUCCGGCACCAACUGCGAGGUGGUGGACAAUCCUUGCGCCCCCGCACCAUGCCUCCACGGUGGCAGUUGCCGCGUCGUCGGCGGCUCUUUCAGCUGUGUCUGCGCUCCAGGUUGGACGGGACUCACGUGCAAUAUGGAUAUCGACGAGUGCGCUUCCGCUCCGUGCCAGAACGGCGGCACUUGCGUGGACGGUGAGAACUCCUUCGGCUGCGAAUGUCCUGCAGCUUGGGAGGGCAGCGUCUGUCAGUUCGACGCCGACGAGUGCCUGAUGAACCCCUGCAUAAAUUCAGUGUCGUGCACGAAUCUUGUUGGUGACUAUAGAUGCAAGUGCCGGGUCGGAUGGACCGGGAAGAAUUGCGAUCAGAACAUCAACGAUUGCGUUGGACAGUGUCAGCAUGGAGCGACCUGCAUCGAUCUCGUCAAUGAUUACCACUGCGCCUGUCAACCAGGAUACACGGGGAGAGAUUGCCAUACGAAUAUAGACGACUGCGCUUCAAAUCCUUGCAAGAAUGGUGGAGAGUGCGUGGACGAAGUUAAUGGCUUCAGAUGUAUAUGUCCUGUCGGUUUCACAGGACACGAAUGCGAGAAUGAUUACGAUCAUUGCAGUCAGCAUCCGUGCGAGAACGACGCGUCCUGCUUCAACACGCAAGCCGACUACUAUUGCCACUGUUCGGAGCGGUGGCAGGGCAAGAACUGCAGCAUACCCAGGCUGACAUGCGACAAUCCGCCAUGUGAAGAAGGUGCUGCAGGUUUUGAUAGUUGUAUGGUGAUUACAGUAGGCGGAUCGCGCGUCUCUGAUCCCAGCAUGUGCGGAGAGCACGGCCACUGCAUUCAUCAGCCGGGCUUUGGAUACCGAUGCACUUGCCAUGCCGGUUACACCGGAAAGUACUGUAGAGAAAAUAUAAACGACUGCAAGAUUAAUCCCUGCGAGAACGGCGGAACUUGCCUAGACAAAGUCAACGACUUCCAGUGCAUCUGCAAAGAGGGCUGGGAGGGCGCUCUCUGCAACAUAAAUAAGGACGAGUGUGAGCCGAAUCCUUGCCACAACAACGGCUCUUGCAUCGACAAGAUUGCCGACUUCCAGUGCGAAUGCCGUAACGGCUGGAAGGGAAAGACUUGCCAGCUAAAGGAUAGUCACUGCGAUCACAGCACUUGUAAAAACGGCGGCACUUGCCAGGAUCUGGGUACUACUUUUGCGUGCCGCUGUCCGACCGGUUGGGAAGGUACAACUUGUCAUUUACCGAAGAGAACAGCUUGCCACUCCAAUCCUUGUCUAAAUGGAGGCACCUGCGUGAAUACUGGAGAACAUUACCAGUGUCUCUGCAAGGAUGGCUUCGAGGGCAACCAUUGCCAGGAGGACAUCAAUGAUUGCAUCAUGCAGCCUUGCCAUAAUGGGGGCAAAUGCAUCGAUGGCGUCAAUUGGUUCUUGUGCCAAUGUGCCGACGGUUUCACCGGGCCAGACUGUCGCAUCAACGUCAACGAGUGCGCCUCCAAUCCUUGCAUGAACGGUGGAAGUUGCCUGGAUGGCAUUGGGGAUUUCUCAUGUCUAUGUCCGAUUGGUCGCAGAGGAAAGCGAUGCAACCUAGUGGAUGAUAUUCCGUACUUACCGAUGCCAGGUAGUUGCACAUGGCAGGGUCAUACCUUGGAGAACAACUCCACUUGGCAACAUGAAUGUAACACUUGUAUUUGCGCAAACGGAGCAGUCUCUUGCACGAAGGUGUGGUGCGGUUUGGGCAAUUGCAGGAACGCUCCGAAUACACUGUGCAACAUGAAUCAAGUCUGCGUGCCGCUAUCAACCGAGUCCUGUCUGACGCCUCCUUGCUCGCCCUACGGCGAGUGCAGGGACUUGGAGAGCGGUCGCAGAGUGAAACCUCCAACGGUACCGGCCCCGAGUUCCUGCUGGCCCAAUCAAGCAGUGCUCAGCAAUACCUGCGCUAGACUUACGUUGUUCCUGGACCGCCCGAAGCUUCCCGAUGGUCUCACGGUGGAAGGCCUCUGCGGAGACUUGCGACGUGUCCUCGCUGCUAAAGUGGCCUCUAACGAUUGGCAAACCGAACUGGUUCUCUUGUGCGAUCUAAAAUCGGAAUACAAUGAUACAGUUGAAGUUACCCUGUCUGGAUCGAGAGGUGUGCUAGACGGUAUUAGAAUUAUGGGUGAGCACAUAUCCAGGAAGCAGAGUCCAUUGAAGGCACUAACUUCUAUCCUCGAGGUGAAAGUGGAGACGGCUUUGGUUUCCGAGGAGCCUCCGAAUAACAAAUACCUGAUAGCACUCGUUUGCUUGAUCAUUAUCGGGUUCUGCGCGGCCGGUUGCGCCCUCUUCCUCUACCUGCGACAGCGUCGCAGAUCGCUGAGCAUGACCGGCAUCAACUUGUCCCCAUCAUCCGAGUCUUGCCACCGGAGCCACGAGGACGAGAAGAACAACUUACAGAACGAGGAGAAUUUGCGACGGUACGCGAACCCUCUGAAGGAGGACGUUGGUAGUUUGGCGAGCAUAAACAGUGCCGGUGCUUGCGCUCUGGAUCUUCCCAAGGUGAGCGUGGUGCGACCGUUAUCGUCGCUGAUGCCUCACGAGGGUUCCAGCGAGAUGCUGGAAAUGAUUUCCGAAGCGGAUUGUCCAGGCUCACGCAAGACAAUGCUCGUGGUGGCCGGCACCAGCUCGGAGAACUCCCUGAAGAUCAAGGAGCUGAACGACGGUUUGAAGCCGGCGCACCGCAACAGCCAGAUAAUGCUGUACAAGGCGCAGAACCCGGACGUGAGGAAGAACACGGCCGCCUUCGACGACAGCUCCGGCCACAAGGAUUUUAGUAAAAGUGUUAUUAAUGUGAACAAGCAGCGGACUUCGGCGUCGCAGCAGAACACGAACAGCAGUGCAAGCGCGGACGUUCUCACGGUUCUCGUCUAGAGUUUACAUUUCAUUCUAUUCUUAGAAUUAUCAAUUAUUUUUUUUUUGUUGUUUGCCCGU